AUGACUUCUUGUGAAAAUAAUAUUCUCGCGAGCCCGAAUUUUCUUAAAAUAACAUUUCAUAUAAUAACUUGUCUAGCUAUUCCUAUUCAUACCUUUGGUUUUUAUUGUAUUAUUAAUAAAACUCCGAAUCAUAUGAGUGCAAUUAAAUGGUUGUUGAUAAAUUUACACUGUUGGUGUAUUCUUCUAGACAUUACAAUUAGUUUUCUCGGUAUUCCGUACCUUUUGCUCCCUUCCAUGUCUGGAUACGGUCUUGGUGUAGUUCAGUCUCCCGGAUUGUUUUUCUAUUUAGGAGUCACUUUUAUUACAGGAACUUCUACAUCAAUAUUUGUAACCUUUGAAAAUCGAUUUUUCAUAUUAUUUGGUCAACAGUCGUAUUGGAAACAUUUACGAAAACCUGCAAUAAUUGUUAGUUAUAUUUUAGUUCCCCUUUACUUUUUGUAUCCACAAUUUAUCAUCCCCGAACAAGAGAGUGUGCGUCAAAUUUCUUGGGAGAUGCUUGAUUGCAUUCCGGAGCUUCCAACCGACGGGCCAGAACCUUUUAUAUUAUCCGUUGAAAAAACUCCUCUUGCAAUAUCGAUAUCCAUUGCGGAAGGCGUCCCAUGCCUCCAGUGCGCAAUUUUCUUUUUUCUGAACGUUUACCAUUUAAAGAUGUUUGCUAGACCAACUGGAAUUUCUCGAAAAACAGUUCAAAUGCAGCAUAAGCUUGUGAUAGCAUUAAUUAUACAGUCUUCUGUUACCGUCGUACUAUUUCUUGCACCAGUUAACGCCAUUAUUGCCUUUGUACUGGUUCAUUAUCAAAAUCAAUCCUACAACAAUUUAUUAACGUUUGCCCUGGCAAUACAUGGAAUCGCUUCUACUCUUAUUAUGAUAUUUGCUCAUAAGCCAUAUCGGGAUUUUGCAUUUUCAUCAGUUUGCUGCCUUUCUAGAAAACCAAUUUCGGUAACUGUUCGGCCGUCAAAUAUUCCGUCGAGAAAUAUUGUUUUUUUCUAUUCUACUUAA